CCUAUUUUUUCCCUGACUUCGAUGAUUUCAUCCCUCGGAGAUUACCCGGUGUAGUUUCUAGGGUUGGAAAGUGUCGGUAGAAGAGAACCUAAAAGGGCUUGGCGUGUAGCGACCCAUGUCAGUGGAGGAUAGCUGGAGAUACUUGAGGAAUCCAUCCAAGGCACUACUUGACAAAGGGAAUAAUUCCCCUCGCAAGGCGACAAGGCUGCUCGAGGACGAAACCAGUCACCUCGCACCACAUCAGCAGCAUGCCCCCACAUGGGCGCACGUGGUCUUUUCCCCCUUAGCCUAUGAGAUCAAGCCAUCUGAUAAAUCCAGCUUCAAGGGAUGUCCCUCGGUCUCCUUCUCUAAAGAAGAAGUUGAAGCCCUCUCCAACCGCUUCAGGUUUGCCCUGAUUGGCAGAUUCCGGCGUAGACCUCCCAUUGCAGUGGUUAAAAAUUUCCUUACCCGGCUGGGCUUGGCUGGAGGUUUCACUAUUGGAGAGCUCAACUCCAACUCCAUUCUCAUCAACUUCGAGCAAGAUGAAGAUUAUCAGCGUCUUUUCUUACGCAAAUCUUGGACUCUUGGAAAGGAAAUCAUGGUGGUUACCAAGUGGUCUCCCAACCUGCGCCCUAAUGAAGACUCUCCAAUUGUGCCGGUUUGGGUUUCCAUCCCUAAUCUCCCCAUUCACCUUCAUGAUCAAAAAGCUUUAUUCUGCAUCACUUCCAAGCUGGGCAAACCCCUAAAAGUUGACAAUGCUACACUCAACUUUUCUCGUCCAAAGGCUGCUAGGGUUUGCAUUGAGAUUGAUGUGUCCAAGUAUCUCCACCAGAAGAUCCACGUCAAACAUAUUGAUGAGGACCUCUUUUUCCAGGUACUCUACGAAGAUCCUCCAUCCUUUUGUGAUUCUUGCCAUAGGCUAGGCCACAACGCUACCACCUUCAAGGCGGCAAACCAGCCGGAAAUCCUGGUGGGGAACCUACCGUUGGUAGGAACCAUGCAACCACGUAAGGACAAAGGCAAAGUUUUGGAGAAUGAAUGGACCACAGUGCAGAGGAAAACUAGACGUCAGCAUAAUUCCAAUAUGGAGUUGGUCCCUAAACCCACUUUCACUUUAGAUCCCCCUCAAGGUAAGGAACAAGUAGAUUUGUGCCAAGCAGAAACGUCCAAAGCAGGAGCCCUACGCAAACCCCAGGUUCAAUUCAUUAAGUCACAUGAGGUGAUUUAUUUGGACACUAAUGGUCUUGCUUACUCCUGCUCAGAACCCACUACUUCUGAUGGUGGGGCUACUAUUAUUGGGGAUCUCAUUCAUGCAACUGACCAGUGUGUGGAGCCCAUUUUACAACAUGCCUCCUCAGACAUCUCCCUCGGACUUCAUACUGACAUUCCGGUGAAGAUGAGAUCCUCUUCAGCACCUUCUUCACCGACGGCAACCUCCUCUCAUCUAGCUUCCAGAAUGAGGACACGUUCAGACUUUAAGAAGUCUGGGGGUUCUAGGUUGCCUGAUCUUGAAGCUAUUACUGAUUUCAGUAACUGCAUCAGGGACAACAACCUCCUUGAAUGUAACUACACUGGAUCAUCUUAUACUUGGCAUGGGGUUAGAAGUAAUGGCAAUGUAUGGAGGCGUCUGGAUAGAGUUUUCUAUAAUACCUUUUGGGCUGAUCAUUGGAACAUCAUCUCUAUGCAACAUCUUGCUAAAGGUGGAAGUGAUCAUUGUCCUAUACUGUUCCUCUCAAAGCCAGGAGCUAGAAACACCACCAAAUCCUUUAGAUUUCAAAAUAUGUGGUUAUUAAGAGGUGAUUUUAUGCAGUAUUGCAAGGAGAGUUGGGAAGAGAUUCCUUUCCAUGGAGGAAUGCAGAGCCUCUUCAAAAGACUUCAUCAUCUCAAAGAGAAACUCUCUUCUUGGAAUAAAACACAUUUUGGUAACAUCUUCAACAUGAUUAAAGAAGCUGAAGAUGAAGCAACUAAGGCUGAACAACUCUUUGAAGAAAACCCUUCAACUGACAACAAAAUCCUCUAUAAUCAGAAGGUGGCAGAACUUCAGGAGGUGAAUAAGAGAGAACAUGCCUUUUGGAAACAAAAAUGUAACCUUAAAUGGUUGAGAGAUGGAGAUGCCAACACUAAAUUCUUUCACAACUUGGUAAAAGAAAAGAGGAGAAAGCAGCAAAUUACGGGUCUUUUUAAUGAACAAGGCCAACUUGUUGAUAAACCUGAUGACAUGGAGGCCCUUGCAAUUAACCACUUCACUACUCUCUUUAACUCCUCAGAACGUUGCAGCUCAAAAGACGAGAUCAAGCUUACCGUCUGGAACAUGGAGCCUAAUUCAUCUCCUGGUCCAGAUGGUUUCAAUAUCAAUUUUUUCAAACACUGCUGGGACAUAAUCAAGGGUGAUAUAACUUCCGCUUGCCAAGAGGUUUUUCUAGGGAUUCCUCUUCCCAAAGCAGCAAGUUCUUCCAACAUUUGUCUGUUGCCCAAGGGUGCUUAUGUUCCAAGGAGAGAGAUUAUGGACCAGAUUCUCAUCAACAUGAUUAAAGAAGCUGAAGAUGAAGCAACUAAGGCUGAACAACUCUUUGAAGAAAACCCUUCAACUGACAACAAAAUCCUCUAUAAUCAGAAGGUGGCAGAACUUCAGGAGGUGAAUAAGAGAGAACAUGCCUUUUGGAAACAAAAAUGUAACCUUAAAUGGUUCAAUUCAGGGAGAAAGUCCAUCCCUAUUACCCACCUCUCCUAUGCUGAUGAUAUCAUCAUCUUCUCUUCUGGAAACACCAGAUCUGUUGCCAACCUCAAAAGUUUCCUCAAUGAAUAUCAAUUGGUAUCCGGACAGACCAUCAAUUACAGUAAGAGCAGCUUUAUGAUGGGUUCCAAGCCUAACUCUCUGGCCAUUUCCAAGCUGGAAAGACUUCUAGGGAUAUCCCAUAAAACCUAUCCUUUUACUUAUCUGGGUAUUCCUAUUGACUUGGGAAUCACGAGACAAAUUCACUGCGCCAACCUCAUUUCUUCUUUCGAUACGAAGCUGAAUGGAUGGUAUCAGAAAAACUUGGAUCAAGCAGGUCGUCUAGUGCUUAUCAAUCAUGUCCUAAACACUCUACCCAACUAUUUCCUUGCUUCUAAUACAAUGCCCAAAUCCAUCAAGCGCUUGUUAGACCAAAAAAUGGCUAGAUUUUGGUGGGGAGGAAAGCAUCACUGGAUUAGUUGGCAGAAACUUUGUGCCCCCAAAGAAGAGGGUGGCCUGGGAACAACAGAUUUUAAAAGCUUGGAGAAUGCCUUCAGCCUUAAACUUUGGUGGAAAUACCACAAUGACAAUGGACUGUGGGCAAGGCUUAUGAAAGCAAAAUAUUGGAGGAAUGGGGAGAUGAAGGCAAAUAUAACUGAUUCCCUAGUUUGGAAGAGAAUCUUCAACAUUGAGGACACUGCCAUUGAUGCUUAUUCUGUCUCUGAUGAUGGCAUGAUGCAUUGGAAACUUGACCCUAAUGGUUCAUUCACCCUUAGAUCAGCAUAUGAACUUUGUAGGGAUGCUUCAACCCCCAUGGCCUCUUUUAAUUACCUUUGGGAAUCCCCCCAAAACCCAAAGAUCAGCAUUUUUACUUGGAAACUUUUCAGACAUUGUAUUCCUACCCCUGAAAAUCUGCAGAAACUUGGUUUCCUCAUGCCCUCAAUGUGCCCUUUCUGUAAAGGAGAUUCUUACGAUGCCAAACAUUCCCUCAUUGAUUGCCAUAUGAUUAGGGGAAUUUGGCAUCAUUUCUCAGCCUGUGUUGGCAUUCUACACCACAACUCCCCAACUAUUAACCAACAUUUCUUGAACUGGUGGCUUAGAGGAAACAACACCAUUUACGGUUAUCUUAGAAUGCACAUGCCUGGUAUUAUAUCCUGGCAUAUUUGGAAGGCGCUUAACUCGCUUAUCUAUGAAGACAAUAGCAGCUUUAAUCCCUCAAAGCUCAUUGAUUCAAUAUCCAGUCCUAAAAUACGCGUGGUCAAGUGGUUGGCACCUCCAAAGGGCAGAAUUAAACUGAAUGUGGACGCAUCCUUCUCUCAUAAUGCUAAACAUGGAGCAGCUAUCCUGAGAGAUGACCAGGGCAGAUUCGUUGGCGCUGCCUCCUUCCAAGUUACAGAGUUGUUUUCUCAUUCUACAUCAAUUCCCCUGGGAAAGGUGGAGGGAUUUUACAAGGGCAUCCCCUCAGCCUCGUUUACAUAUGAAGAAGAAGGAAUAUUGGCAGAGAAUUUUAAGUUUGCAGUAAUUGGGCGCAGUAGCCAAGAGCUUAAUCUGCAAGGGCUAAAAGCUUUCCUUCUUAAGGGUGGCUUCAAUGGAGGAUUCAAAAUAAGAAGGGUGUCUGCAAAAACCAUCCUUUUCAUCUUCACGCAGGAAGCAGACUAUGUCAGAUUCCUUAGGAAGCAAAACUUGUUUGUUGGCUCUGCUCAUCUUCAUGUCUGUAAAUGGAGUAAGAAUCUUAAUAUGUCUUUUGAUAAUCCAGUGGUUCCUAUUUGGGUUACUUUCAAAAAUCUUCCAUUACACUUUAUGAGUUUUCAAUCUUUAUUUACUCUUGCAUCAACUAUUGGACGUCCUAUCCAAUUAGACGAGAAGACUGCUAACUUGGAUAGGGGGGCAGAAGCAAGAGUUCUCAUUGAAAGGGAUCUUUCAUUACCUUUUCCUAAUUCAGUGCACCUAAGGAUUGGAGAUAAGGAUCUUAUUAUCCCCUGCCAGAGAGAAAGUUACCCAGAUUAUUGCACUUUCUGCAAGAAAUUGGGGCAUAAUUGUAAAGGUUGCAAAAACCUUACCGGAAAGGCAAAUCCCGGCAAGGGCAAGAAGGUAGAACAGAAAGAAGAUGGGGCCUACCAGUGGAAUAUUGUUAAGGGUAAGAAAACAAGCACAACCAGCAAAAUAAGCUCAACACACCUGCAAAAUAAAAAAAGGUGGGUCAGGAAAGAAGGUACAAUUGCUCAGACUAGUAGUCAUAAUACAUUUAACCUGCUGGACCAACCCAUGGAGCCAAUCUCUGCUACAACCAUACCCACACCUGCAGAAAUUAUAGAGGAUCUCCAAAUUACAAACAGCUACAGUACAAAGGAUCUCUUCCCAUCCCUGUCAGAAGCUAAGGCAUAUGCUAAGAGGAGGAUUGCUCCUAGGUCCCCUAGGAAUUCAUUUAGGCACAUCCCAUCUUCUUUGGAUUACUGUCUUCAUACUAGCCCAGAUAUUGGAUUAGGCAUAUUACUGGACUCUUUGGAAAACCACAAAAUAUCAGGGGAGGCCUAAUUUCAAUUUGGGUACCAUUCAGAGGGGGAAGAAGUUACUAUCCUUGAUAAAUCUAAACUGAGGGAUCUGGAAAUUUGCACCCCAGCCCCUAACUCAAUUUGUGUCUCAGUACCUAAAGCUGAAAGGAAAAAAAGGGGCCAAAAUAUCCCUAAUAUGCUCACCAGGAGCAUGACAGGGAACAAAGAUGUUACUUUUUU